UUCUAUUCGCUUCUUUCAUUUCCAGCUUUGCAUCUCAGCUCCAUUUUCUACAGGCCCACUUCCACAACGCAAAAGCGGAUUAAACUCAGCAAGCACAAUGAAUGAAGAAUACGACGUUAUCGUGUUGGGAACCGGACUCACGGAAUGCAUCCUGUCCGGGAUCAUGUCCGUAAAGGGAAAGAAGGUCCUGCAUAUGGACAGGAACUCCUACUAUGGAGGAGAAAGCGCCUCAAUCACCCCUCUGGAGGAUCUGUACAAGCGCUUCAGUCUGCCUGGUAGCCCUCCUGAGUCAAUGGGGAAAGGUCGUGACUGGAACGUGGAUCUCAUCCCAAAGUUUCUCAUGGCGAACGGUCAGCUGGUGCGUAUGCUGCUGAUUACACAGGUGACUCGAUACCUGGACUUUAAAGUGAUUGAGGGCAGCUUUGUCUACAAGAAGGGUGGCAUUUACAAAGUGCCCUCCACAGAAACUGAGGCUCUGGCUUCCAGCCUGAUGGGACUAUUUGAAAAGAGGCGAUUCCGGAAGUUUUUGGUUUUUGUGUCCAGCUUUGAUGAGAACGACCCCCGAACCAUGGAAGGCGUCGAUCCCAACAAGACUACCAUGCGUGAGGUUUACAAAAAGUUUGACCUUGGCCAAGAUGUCAUUGACUUUACAGGUCACGCCAUUGCACUUUACCGCACAGACGAUUAUCUGGAUCAGCCCUGCCUGGAGUCGAUAAACAGGAUUAAGCUGUACAGUGAAUCCUUGGCAAGAUAUGGCAAGAGCCCAUAUCUCUACCCUCUGUAUGGAUUGGGAGAACUGCCUCAGGGCUUUGCCCGGUUAAGUGCCAUUUAUGGAGGAACUUACAUGCUGAACAAGCCAAUUGAAGAGAUCAUCAUUGAGAAUGGCAAAGUGGUGGGCGUCAAAUCUGAUGGAGAGACUGCCCGCUGUAAACAGCUGAUCUGCGACCCCAGCUACAUAAUGGACCGGGCUAAGGUUGUAGGCAAGGUGAUCAGAGUCAUCUGCAUCUUAAGUCAUCCCAUUAAGAGUACCUCAGACUCUAACUCCUGCCAGAUCAUCAUCCCCCAGAACCAGGUCAACAGGAAGCAUGAUAUCUACGUGUGCAUGAUCUCUUACGCACACAACGUGGCAGCCCAGGGUAAAUACAUUGCCAUUGUCAGUACCACUGUGGAGACUAACGACCCUGAGAAAGAGAUAAAACCUGCGCUGGAUCUGCUUGAGCCCAUUGAGCAGAAGUUAGUAAGCAUCAGCGAUCAGUAUGCUCCAACUGAUCUGGGAACAGAAAGCCAGGUGUUCAUUUCUCGUUCCUACGAUGCCACAACCCACUUUGAGACCACUUGCGAUGACAUCAAAGACAUCUUCAAGCGCAUGACUGGCACGGACUUUGACUUUGCUGAGAUGGAGCGCAAAAAGAACGACAUCUUUGGCGACGGGGCCGACCAGUAAUCUGGCUCAUGGCACAUUUCACUAUCAGAUACCUGGAAAAUGGUAAUCUUUAAGGAAAAAGAAAAUUAAAAAAGACAAAAGUAACCAAAAUGGGCUAGCUGAUUAUUUCAAGUAUAUGGUCUUUCAUGUAUAUCGUAACAAAAAUAGCAUUUAGGGGGAAGAAAGGUGAGGUGGUCUGCUUUUGUAUAAUCAGGUUGAUUCAUAUUGCACUGAUUGUUGGUCGAUGUUCUUUAUCCAACUGCCAUCAUGUUGUCCUGUUGUCACCCUGCUUAAACAGGGAGGGCAUUUAGUCCAAAGAUGCCAAAUGAUCAGAUGUAUUCAAGUGAUAUAAAGGCACAAGUUAAAGAUUAUACUUAAACAAGAUCGGAAGUAUUUUUUUGUAUAAUUUUGUGCAAAUGUUUAUGGCCACUCAACAGAAAUGUCUAGGAAAGAAAACUGUAAGCGGAGUUGCUUAGUUUGUUGUACAAUUAAUGCAUUGUGUUUUCCUACAGAUUGAUGCCUAAGUUACUUAACUCCAGCAAACAAAUAUGUACAAGCCUCGCUUUGCAAUUGUAAACUCAAAAUUAAAAUUACUAAUUUGAUCUGUUAGUCAUGCUAAAGUGACACCCAUGCAACCAUUAAUAUACAGGUUUAUCAAAAAUAAGGAUUCUGCAUUAAUUUAGUGUUGCAGCCUGGUGAAAUUUUGAGUGUUCAGCAGUUUCUGCCUAUACAUUUCUGUUGUAAGGGGCAGUGUGUGAUUCUUGGGCUGUUGGCCACGCUUGCAUCACAUGCUACUGGAAAGGCUACUUAAAGAAACAUUCAUUUCAGACUUAUUCCUAAAAUGUUUACAUUUUCUGCCUAUUUUAGUCUAUUUUUGUACAAUGUAAAACAUCCUAGGCUUUCACAAGUCGAAUAAAAUCUACGCCCAGUUUAAGCAAUGAACGGCACAGGAUGGUUAAUGAAUUAGAUGGGUAUGAUUGGUCAGCGCCUUUUACUGAAUAGAUUUAAAAGCACAACCGAUAUAAAACAUUGAAUGGUGCCAUUAUCAGUUUAGUUAUGUCUAUUCUCUCAGUCUGUGGCAUGUGAAAAGGUGCUGCUAAAGGUAAUUUUUCUCAUGUCACAUAUUGGACUCAUAUUGGUUUUACAUAAACCCACAACCAUCGUUUAACUAAAAUGUGCAGAAAAUGUUUUGAGGAAUUGUGCUGUAACUUUUUUGGAGCUGCUUACACACUCUGCUUUCUGCAGCAGAAAGAAGCUCUUAAAAGAAUUGUUUAUAUCUCUGAAUUAGAAAGGACCAAAUGUCUGCUGCAGUAUUGACAUGACAGGGGCCCUGUGCAAAUCGUCAUCAGUGUUUUAAAGAACGGGAGAACUGUGCUGAGCAGAUAGGGCUCACAUGAUUUCUGUACUGCUAAGUAAAAUGUUAACUUGUAAAA